ACUUUGCUCCCCGUAUCUAACACGUACCAAAGAGAAAAGAAAAACUUCUCUUAAAUUUCACUCCAAAGCACCAAAAUCUGAAGAAUCUCAGAUCAGAGCUCUCAGUUUUCUCUUAUUCUUUUUCUUUAAUCCAAACAAACAAAAAGAAAAAAAGGAAAUGAAGAGAUUAAGAAGCUAUUACAUGCAGUUUCGACACAACAACAAUCAAGCAAUGGAGCGUAAAUGGAUCUUCCCAUUAGCUGUUGGCUCCAUUGUUUCUUUAUUUUUACUCUUCUUAACAACCUUAACCUCUUUCGAUGGCUCCCCUUUUCUUUUCUUCUACCGUUCCUCCGCCGUAACCGGCGGUUCCUCUCCUUUCGUGGAAAACCAACUAAAACCCAUCCCUAUUUCCACCCUCCCUCCGCCUCCCCGCUUCGCCUACCUCAUCUCCGGCUCUGCCGGCGACUGUCGGAUGCUUAAGAGGACUCUUUUAGCCCUUUACCAUCCUUUGAAUCAAUACGUGGUUCAUCUUGACCGGGAAGCUAGCUCUGAAGAGAGGCUCGAUCUGGAGAAGUUCGUGAAGGAUCAUCCAGUGUUUAACAAAGUAGGGAAUGUUAGGAUGAUUGUGAAAGCUAAUUUGGUCACUUACAGAGGCCCUACUAUGGUUGCUAAUACGCUUCAUGCUGCUGCAAUUUUGUUGAAAGAAGGUGGAGAUUGGGAUUGGUUCAUUAAUCUUAGUGCUUCUGAUUAUCCCCUUGUUACCCAAGAUGAUUUGUUGCACACAUUUUCAUACUUGCCAAGGGAUCUAAAUUUCAUCGAUCAUACAAGCAAUAUUGGGUGGAAAGAGUUCCAGAGGGCUAAACCAAUCAUUAUUGAUCCAGGAUUGUAUAGCAUGAGAAAAGCUGAUGUGUUUUGGGUUACACAGAAGAGAAGUGUGCCUACUGCAUUCAAACUCUUUACAGGUUCUGCAUGGAUGGCACUUUCUCGCCCUUUUGUUGACUAUUGCAUUUGGGGAUGGGACAACCUACCUCGAACUGUCCUCAUGUAUUACGCAAACUUUUUAUCAUCUCCAGAAGGUUACUUCCACACUGUCAUUUGUAAUGCUCAAGAGUUCCGUAACAGUACAGUAAACAGCGAUCUCCAUUUUAUAUCAUGGGAUAACCCUCCUAAGCAGCAUCCUCACCUCCUCAGGCUUGCUGACAUGCAACGGAUGAUCGAUAGCAAUGCCCCUUUUGCUAGAAAGUUCCCUAGGGAUGAUCCUGUACUUGAUAAAAUCGACUCUGAGAUCUUGUCUCGUGGCCCAGAUAUGUUUACUCCUGGUGGUUGGUGUGUAGGAAGUGGGAAGAAUGGGACCGAUCCUUGCACUGUUAUUGGUAACAAAACAGUCAUCAGGCCUGGCCCCGGAGCAAAAAGGUUGGAAAAGUUGAUCAGCUCUCUUCUAUCCAAUGACAAUUUUAGACCGCGACAAUGCAAAUAACUCGAACUAACACGAACUGAAACUCGCAAAGGGUGGCACUCAAGCUGAAUGAGGUAGGUUUAUACAUGUAUCAAAAGAUGAAGAUGAUGCAAUCAAGGUAUUCAAUGCUCCUUCUGGUAGGGUUUGAAAAAGAAUGAUAAGAAAAAGGUAUAGGCGAUCUUUUUUGAUUUAGAUAAUUACCAGCAUGAUUACUGAUGAACUUGUCAAUUUACACGAUUAGAGAUGGAUUUACAGUGUUGGAGAUGGUGUUGGUCCCACUGGAAUCUUUCUCACUUUUUUCUUUUGCUAGUGUUAUUGUGUAACGAUUACAUAUUGAAGAGAAGUUCAAGUUUCACA